GUGAAAGCUGUUAUCUUGUUUAUCGCCGUCAAAAUUGGUUUCUUCGAUGUAUGAUUUUGAGUUGAGGACAAAACUGACAUUUAACUUUCACUGCCAACUACCCUUUCUAGUAAUUUCCACCAUUUGCCGUACCUCCCUUGUAUCGCUACAAUUUCCCCCAUCUCCAACAUUCAUCACCUACUCUGCUAUCUCUUCCCUCACUCCCAGCCCUCACCCUCAGAAGCCUCAACUGCUCGGCUCUUUUCAUCAAUGGCGACCACUUUCACAACUAUGUCGAACGCGGGUUCACUAUCUAGCAUCUCGCAGCUCAAACCAUUGAGCCCUAGUUUUAGCUCGGUCAAGAUUUCCAGCAUCAGGACUCCAACGAAGCCGUCAUAUGGCUCUUCCUCUAGCUUGUCCUUCUCUGGGUCUCUGUCUCUCGGCCCUCUCAAGUCGUCGUCUUCCCCUUGCCAGAGGAGUGGAGCUCGUCCGCUUAGCUCCGUAGUUCGAGCUAGUGCUCAGGUCCCAGAUUUGCAAGCCAAAGUGACCAACAAAGUGUAUUUUGAUAUUAGCAUUGGAAACCCAGUUGGGAAGCUUGCUGGGAGGAUUGUCAUCGGAUUGUAUGGCGAUGAUGUCCCUCAGACUGCUGAGAACUUCCGCGCUCUAUGCACAGGAGAGAAGGGGUUUGGCUUCAAAAACUCGGCGUUCCAUCGUGUCAUCAAGGAUUUUAUGAUUCAAGGAGGUGAUUUCGACAAAGGAAAUGGCACUGGAGGCAAGAGCAUUUAUGGUCGGACUUUCAAAGACGAGAACUUCAAGUUGACCCAUACUGGACCAGGAAUCGUUAGUAUGGCAAAUGCCGGCCCUAACACCAACGGAAGUCAGUUCUUCAUUUGCACUGUUAAGACCCCGUGGCUAGACCAGAGGCACGUCGUGUUUGGACAAGUUUUGGAGGGAAUGGAAAUCGUCAAGCUCAUUGAAUCACAGGAGACAGACAGAGGCGACCGUCCCAGGAAGAGGGUUGUCAUUGCCGAGUGUGGUGAGCUUCCCAUGUCGGACGCUUGAAGAGUAAUAAUUGAGGGGAAAACGAGAGAAGAUUUGGGGGUUAUCAGAAUCCCAUUUUUCUUAGCUUUCCAUUUUGAUUUUUGUGGAUGUGCUUGAAGGAGACAGCAGUACUUCUAAGCUUAGUUUACUUUGAGGGAUUUAAAGAUCAGUCGUAUGAGAGGCAGAACGUGCCUUCUUCUUUUUAAUAGGAACGAGGGAAGAUUUGAGAAAUAGAGGUGCUCUACUUCUUUCUGCAAUUAUAACCUGCUUUUAAGUCUUCACAAUUUAAUUCCAUUCGAAUGGAGCAAAAUCGCAAGGAUGGACAAUGAUUUGGGUCCACAUUGAACCAACUCCAACCAGACCAACAUUUGUGUUGGCGGGUAAAACUUAUGGGUUGGAUCAAACUAGCCAGCCAAGUACAUAAUAUCAUUUUCUUUGUUAUCAGUCCCAAAUUUUAAGGAUUUUGCGUUUUUUACAGUGGGCUCUGCCUCUGAAAUUAAACAGGUGCACAAGGUGCUUGAUGAGUUUUAUCUAUUAAAGUAUGAAAACUACUUUGGUGGGGAGUCUGUACAGUAUAAGCAGAAUGCACCACAGCAAUCUGGUUUUCAGGAGGGAUGUCUACCAGUAAGAUAUUUAGGGCUUCCUCUGUUGUCUGGCAACUUAUCAAAUAGAGAAGUGGAAGUUUAAGCUCACUAAGAAGAUUCAGCCCCGGAGAGCAAAGAAAUUCACCUAUGCAGAAGACUUCAGCUGGUUUUCUCUGUAUUCAUGGGGAUCAUACAUUACAAAACUGGAUGCAAAUGUUUCUUUUUCCCUAAGAAAGUACUGCAAUCAUGGUUGUCAUGCCGGUGGCAUGCCACCCGGUUGAACCUGGUUCAAUCUAUGCCGGUCAUGAAACCGGUAUGACACCAUCGGUAUGACCGGUAUGAUCGACUUACGUAUUUUAAGUUUAAUGAUAUUAUUUUAAUGAAUUUAAUGAAUAAAAAAAUUAAUUUAUUAUUUAUUUUAUGAAUGUAAUAGUUAAAAGUUAAUGAUAUUUGUUGGAUUGUAACUAAAUUGUCCACAAAUAUGUUUUAUAUAUAAUUAAAUACAUUGGAUAUUAAUUGUUUUCAUAUUUUUUUAAACCGGCAUGAACCGGCACAAACUGGUUAUACCACCGGUCGUACCAUUCCACUUGCCAAACCGGUACAACGGUAUAAACUGGUUUGACAACCUUGACUGCAAUCUAUCAAGUCUCCUCUAGUUUCCUAUGGGAUGGUGAUGAAGUUUGUAAAGCCAAAGGAGGAGGGAGGUGGAAAAAAUCCCACUAUACACUUAAAAAAAAUUCCCAAAAUACAUAAGUUCUUAAAAAAAUUUCCCAAAAUACAUAAGUUAUAAAAAAAUUUCCCAAAAUACACAUGUUUGCCAUUCACCGUUUUUGACAAACGCAGUGAAGAGUAUAUCACCGCGUUUGACAAAGACGGUGAAUAUUUCACCGUUUAAAAAAAAACGGUGACGUAUUCACCGUUCUUCUCUAACACGGUGAACAACGAGCGAUUCAAUCACCGUUUAGAGGCAAACGGUGAACAAAUCACCGUUUUACUGAAACGCGGUGUAUAUUAAACCGUUUUUGUAGGCCAUGAUGAAGCGACGCGGAUCACUGACGUGGACAAAUGCGGUGUAUUCACCGCGUUAGACAAAAACGAUGAAUACCCCGUGUUUGUUUGCGUCAGCGAUCCGCGUCGCUUUUCCUUUCACCGUGGCCGUCAGAUGCGGUGAGGCGCGGAUCGUGGUUUUCUUCCCAGAUCCGACGCCUCACAGCAAGCCACGUCGCCCCUUUCACCGUCUUCGAUAAAGGCGGUGUAUUCAC